AUGGAAUCAAAAAAUCUUACCCAAACCAUCAAUCCAUUCUAUUUACUUGCCUCAUUAGCUUUGGGUACAAUUGGAGCUGCUGCUUUUAAUGCCUUAAGAAAAGCUUCUACAGAUACUACUAGACAUGUUUUUGAAGAAAGUAUGUCAGCUGCAGCAUCUGCUCCAUAAUCUCCCAAAAAACCAACUAAAAAACAAAAUAUCAAUAAGUUGAUGGCAAAAAAUGCUAAUGAAAAUGAAUUAGUCAAAGAAUUAAAAAAUUUAGAAGAUAUUACCUGUGAGAUUGAAAGAGUUUCUAAUCUUGCUUAUGAUUUAAAACUAUAAGUAUUACCUUUGAAUGUAAAUCCUAUGCUUGGUAACUCAAAUUAUCGAAGUGUGUUUGGUGGUGAAGGAUUUUUGCCUGAAACUGCUUUUGUAAAUCAUGAUUGCUAUAUUCUUUGUAAUAUUUAUGAUAUUAAUUUAGAACACCCUAAUUUUGGACCAAAUGAUUUAUUAUCAAGAACAAAGAGAUGGUUAAGAUCUGGUCCAAGAAAGCAUUUAUUAUUUAGUCCAGAUGAAGUAAAAGCAGGAAUAGUAGUAGUAGGUGGAUUAUUACCAGGAUUAAAUGUAAUAAUUAGAGAAUUAACAAUGUGUUUGUUUUACAAUUACAAAGUAUAAAAUAUUUAUGGUGCUAAAUAUGGAUAUAAUGGAAUUUAUAAUAAUGAUUGGAUAAAAUUAGAUCCAAAAUUGGUUAAAACUAUUCAUCAUUAAGGUGGUUGUUUUUUGGGAACAGCUAGAUCAAAAUUUGAUGGUGAAAUGAUAGUUGAUGAAUUAGCUAAACAAGGAAUAAAUUAAUUAUAUUUAAUUGGUGGAUUGGGUUGUAUGAAGAGUGCUGAAUACUUACAUACAAUUAUAAAAGAAAGAAAUCUUAAAAUUAGUAUUGUAGUAAUACCAAAAAGUAUAGAAAAUGAAAUUCCUAUAAUUGAUAAAUCUUUUGGAUUUGAAACAGCAAUAGAAGUAAAAUAUAUAUUAAAUUAAAGGAAGCUUAAAAUCCUUUAAAAGCAGCAUAUUAAGAAACACAUUCAAAAAGAUAUUCAGUUGGAAUAGUUAGAUUAUGGGGAGCACAUACUGGAUUUUUAGCAUUGAAUGCUUCAUUAGCAUUUAGAAGUGUAAAUAUAUGUUUAGUUCCUGAAUUUGAAUUUGAUCUUCUUGGAGAAAAGGGAUUAUUAUAAUAUGUUUAUUAAAGAUUAUAACAUAAAGGAACAUGUAUAAUAGUAGUAGCUGAAGGUGCUGCAUCUUCUUUAAGAGAUUGCAAAAUUAAUGAUAAAGGUAGAGAUGCUUCAGGAAAUGUUAAAUAAGGUGAUAUUGGAUAAUUUUUAAAAAAUGCUAUACUAGAAUUCACCAGAGAAAAAGGUUUGAAUGCUGAAGUCAAAUAUAUUGAUCCAUAAUAUAUGGUUAGAGCUGGUAAAGCUAAUUCAUUAGAUUCUAAAUUAUGUAGUUAAUUAGCUUAAAAUUCUAUUCAUGCUUCUAUGGCUGGUUUUACUGGUUUUGCUGUUGGUCAUGUCAGUAAUAAAACUUGUAUGAUUCCAUUGAAUGAAAUGAAUUCAGGAGAUUAUGCCAAUAGAAUUACAGUAAUUAUAUUUAUAUAUUCUUAGCCAUCAAAUAUUUCAUGGUAAAGAUUAUUAGCUGGAACUGGAUAACCAUCAUUCUUAAAUAAUGAAUAAGAUAUUUGAUCAAAAUAUAAUCAAAAAUAAAU